GCCGCUGCCGCCAUUUCAGCCCCUCAGCGGGCUGCCAGCGCAACGACCGAGGUAAGAUUCCUUACGUUUGAAUUUGAAGAUGCCGCUCUUUGGGAAUAUUGUUGUAAUCAAACGGAAUGGGACUGAUGGAAUUACUUUCCCGCUCACUGCAAGUUCUUGUUUAUUUGGAAGGAGAACAGAAUGUGAUAUUCGCAUCCAAUUGCCUCAGGUCUCAAAAGAACACUGUAAAAUUGAAGUAAAUGAAAACAAGGAGGCAAUAUUGACUAAUUUGAGUACAGUAAAUCCUACACAGCUGAACGGUGGUUGUUUCCAGCAGCCUGUACCUCUGAAGCACGGCGACGUGUUAACCAUUAUUGAUCGUUCUUUCAGAUUUGAAUAUCCUCACCCAUCAACUCCAAGGAAGAGACGUUCUAGGACUCCAAAAGAUGAAACGCUGCAGGUUCUUCAUGUUCAGCAGGUGGCAGAAGUGGAAUCAUUUCACCAACAACCUUCAGGACCUAAAAGUCCUCGUGCUUCAGAUAAAGCUGAGCGUGAAGAAAAAAAUGCCAACGAAAUUAAACAAAGUACAGAGGAAAAUAUUUCCAAAUCUUUACCCAUCAACAAGCUACAAACACCCAAAUCUUCCUACAGAAUACAUCAAUCUAUUAAAAAGCAAAAUGAAAUGUCUCCCUUUACUAAACUCUAUGAAAAACUGAAGCAAGAGAUGAAAGUGAAAAAAUCUCUGCAAGAGGGAAAUGCGUCUCAACAAGCUGCAAAAGAAGAUGGUAAGAGAGUUCCUCUAGAACCAAGCGCUCAGAUUUCAUCGUGGAGUUGUGUUAUUGAUCUGGGAAGCCUGAUGAAGGAAAAAGAAAUAGGCAGAAGUGACAAGAUUGAAGAAUGUAAAAUAACAAUGAGGCCGGAAGCAAUGGGUUCGGAACUUAACCAGAGCUCAGCUGUAGGAGGUGCCACCAAGAGGAGUCUUCCUAGAAGUCCUCGAACUCCUGUUUCAAAGAAGGGGUUGAGAGAUACUGGUAGAAGCCUCUCACAGGGUCACAAGGAGAUAAGUACAGCACAAGAAUCUAAAGGUACCGAAGUUACACCCAAACCCAGCAAGGAGAAUGAUGGAAAUGCAGUGUUUUUACUGAAUCAGUGCUCUAUAGAACGCUUGGGCUGUGCAGACAGAAUACACAGCUCUGCAAUAGCAUUAGGUAAACUGGUACAAACAACUAAAACGACAAAUGUUGCUGAAGUUGAUAAAUAUGUUCUGUCUACACCAACACCCACAAGGAGGAGUCCUCGGUCUCCUUUCACACCACCUACCAAAGAAAUUAGUGGAAUGAAUCCGUUAAAUACUGAUACUCCAACAACUGGACGACGUGUGUCGUUGCAACGGAAGUCCCUUUCAGAAAUGUCAGCUGGAUCUCAAAGGGAAGCUUCACUGUGCAGAAAUGACAGCCUCAACCAACUGCCUUUGGCAGAAAGUAAAUGCUUGAAACAAAGACGAAGUAGCAAACAACAUACACCAAAAGCUGUAAAAGAAGAAGUGCUGAAAGAAAUUUGUGAUCAGGCAAACUUUGGUAACUCGAAAGAGGGACAUCCUGAAACUCCUGUCUCUCUUUCCAAGAGUUCCAGAAGAAGUAACAGGCGAAGCAAAGAGUUAUCAAACAGAAGUGUCUGUUCAGAGACACUGGCUUCAGAAGAGUUAACAUCAGAACUGGCAUCUCCUGCUGGUCAGAAAUCUGAGUCUGGAAGAAAAAGAGGUGGGCGAAGGACCUCUGGCCUGCUGAUGGAAAAACCUUUGGAGACAAGUGUCAGACAAGAAGAUCACGAUAAGAUGACAGACAGAAAAGACAGUGGAGCUAAAGAAGAGCUGGCCUCAAAGGGGGAUCAUCAGAAACAAGACCUGGAAGAUGCCAGUGUUAUAAGGCCUCAGAGAUUGUCAUCAAAGAGAAGGUCUUCUGGAAGUCCUGCUGUUCUGAAGGACAAGGAGGGUGUCUCGGAACUGAAGGUUUCUGGCCUGUUGCCUGGAGAAGACUCAGACAAGACAAGAAGAGUCUCUCAGAAGAGGAAAAUUGGUGAUGUGCUGCCUCAGCCUCUAGGAAAAAGAAAGCGAGUGUCUUUUGGUGGGCAUCUGAGUCCAGAACUUUUUGAUAAAAGUUUGCCUCCCAACUCCCCCCUUAAAAAAGGUGCGAUUCCUGCCCGGCUGAGCCUGCCCUUCGGAAACUCCCCUCGUGCUGUGCUGAAAAAGGGACUGAAGGACUUUGCAGUGCAGGAACUUUCUGAACAUUUGCAGAAAGAAAAAACGUCACCAAAACCUUUGCCAGCCCAGAAGUCCCCGACUGCCUCAUCCCCUGCCUCUGGGAAGGCAGCACCUACGUUUACUUGGGGCUCCCCAGCACCUUCCAGAAGAGGACGAUUCUCCAUUUCUCACAUCACACCACCCUUACCCAUUGCAGAAGAGAAGGAUGCUGGUGAGGAAGACAUGGAUACGAAGGAGAAAAAUGGUGCCCGAGUGAGAACACCUAAAUCUCCUCGCAUUAACCAAGAUGAUAAAACCAUUUUAAUGGCCACACCUGACAAAUCAAGGAGAAGUUCACAACUUGCUUUGAAGGUCACACCCAUGAAGAGGAGAAGUGGGGCUGUGGCAGUGAUCAAUGCAAAAAGAAGAAGUGGUGCCUCUAGCGCCAAUUUACUAGUUGCAAAAUCUUGGGCAGAAGUGGUGAAAUUAGGUGUUGCAAGACCACAAUCAAAGACCGUUAAAAAACAUGUCCAAAAAGGAAGAUCCCUAAAGAAGAUACCCAAAUCACCAAAGACUCCAGAAAGAAAAAUAAAAGGUCAUGUUAGUACAGGUCAUGCCAAGUCACCUGCUACAAUAGUUGUGGGUAGAGCUUACUCCACCACAGUCAGAACAGCAGGACAGGUCCCUAAAGUGGUAAAAAAUCCUAUUUUGAAGCUAAACAUGAACAUGGAUGAAAGUUUCACAGGAAUGACUGAAAUGUUUCAAACUCCAGAAAAUAAGAGUGGCAAAUCAUUACCUUUGGCCGCUGUUCAGAAGACUGAUUUUACACCGACCUGUUCUGCAGCAGACAUUUCUGAACUGCACACUCCUGAAGAAUCUGGAGAGAUGUUGGUGUCGCCGUUAAACAGUUCAGAUGCUUCAGAACAGAAACAAGAUAGUCCAGGCAUUCGUCACUUACUGAGAGACAGUGAGGCUCUAAAGUCUAUGUUUGAUGCAGUAUCCACAAAAACUCCUCAAAAAAGAAGAGCCACGCUGGAAAAAAAUACUAGUGUGGAUCAUUUGUUGAUAAUUCCAGAAAAACAAGCAUGUCAGGUGAAAUCAGGAAGUAGAAGGAGAACUCCGAAGCAGAAGUUGGAGCCGGUUGAAGUCAUGUCAGGUGUCAAGCAGCUUUUCAGGACCCCAGAGCAAAGCCCAGAGCCUGUAGAAGUUUUAUCGGGCAUUAAGCAGCUCAUGAAGACCCCGAAGCAGAAGUCAGAGCCUGUAGAGGUUUUAUCGGGCGUUAAGCAGCUCCUGAGGACCCCAAAACAGAAGCCAGAGCCUGUAGAGGCCUUGUCAGGCAUCAAGCAGCUCAUGAGGACCCCAAAACAGAAGUCAGAGCCUGUAGAGGCCUUGUCAGGCAUCAAGCAGCUCAUGAGGACCCCAAAACAGAAGUCAGAGCCUGUAGAGGCCUUGUCAGGCAUCAAGCAGCUCAUGAGGACCCCAAAACAGAAGUCAGAGCCUGUAGAGGCCUUGUCAGGCAUCAAGCAGCUCAUGAGGACCCCAAAGCAGAAGGUGGAGCCUGUAGAAGCCCUGUCAGGCAUCAAGCAGCUCAUGAGGACCCCAAAGCAGAAGGUGGAGCCUGUAGAAGCCCUGUCGGGCAUCAAGCAGCUCAUGAGGACCCCGAAACAGAAUCCAGAGCCAGUCGAGGUCCUGUCAGGCAUCAAGCAGCUCUUGAAGACCCCACAACAAGAGUCAGAACCCAUUUCAGGUGAAGUAGUUGUUAAAAGGUUGCUGGAGACUCCUGUACAAAACCAGGGAGCCGUGGAAGAUGUGGCAGGUGAUACUGUAAUCAAGCAAACGCCAAAGGUGAAAUAUCAACCAGUAGAAGACAUGGUUGGGGUCAGCCGGAUUUUCAAGACACCAAAGGAAAGAGUUGAACCCAUAGAAAAUAUGUUUGGUUUUAGUAGAUUAGUGAAGACUCCGAAAGAGAAGUAUCAACCAGUUGAUGAUUUUGUGGGUCUGCAAAGGCUUAUGGCAGAACCCAGGGAGAAAUGUUCUGAUUUUGAAGUGGACUACGCUGGAGUUACGGAAAUGUUUGAUACACCAGAGGAAAUUAAGGCCAGAUCAGUAAAUGUUACGGAUUCUAAACGAGAAGAUACUGCACCUCCUUGUACUAAUUCCAGCCAGAAAUUUGAAGACAAAGGAAAUAUUUCACAAGGUGAAGAUUCUCAACAGAAGGAAUCAGCUAGUGAAGACCAGUCUACCCAGAGAUCAACGAGGGGCCGAGCACGGAAGAUGGUACAUCCUGCUUCAGCAAAGCAGUGUGAAAAGGAUUUGAAUUUAAAAACCAUGCAGAGUCUGGAAAAAACCAGCACCCAAGAGGAGAUGAGAGAGAUCAAUACUUCACCUUCAGUAGCUAAAAAUGAAGGAAGAGGAAGGAGAACAAACCGCUGCGUACAAGAAGAAAUCGUUUCAAAGCGCCCUGGUCAAGAAAAAAUUGAAACUGUUUCACUUGUGGAACCGUGUGGAGCUCCUCAAAGAACAAGAAGAGGUAAAAGGAAAGACCUGAAGGAGUUAGAACAUCCGAGUGAGAAUCUUGAGUCUUGUGGCAAAGAUGCUUCAGUGCUGCAAAAAGAACUUGCAAAUAGGAAAGAGACUUUGCAGGAGUGUGGCAUCAAGGACGUAUUAGAAACUGAAGAUGAUCCAACGGUGAAGACAGUGAGUGUGUCCAGUAGCAUUCAGAGUGAAAAUUAUCAGCUGCAAACGGGCAUAAAAAUACCUGAAAACAAAUCUGAUGGUGGUGGUGUAGAAGGCAGUGAAGAACUGCUUCUGUCACCUGGGAAGAGGGCUAGAGGAGCAAAAAAAGUAGAAAACACAGAACCACCAAUUCCACCUAAAAGAGGAAGAAGAGCUAAAAAUGAUCAAAUUAAACAAGCUCCUUUAGAGGACCUUCAGAGGACAACAAGGAGGCUUCGCAGAGACCCUCUGGUGGUACAGGGAGAUGGACCGACUUCUGACAAAGCUACUGAGACUGUCACAGCAGAGGGGGCUGAAAAUGGAACUAAACUUGAUGUAAAGGUAACGGAGAAAAGAGCUAAGUCUUUAAGAAGGGCUAGAAAGCACUCGGCUGAAGUGGAAGCAGACAUUUGUGGGAUGGCAAAUGAAAAGAAAACCGAAAACGUUCAGAAAACUGAGGAAACUUCAGCUGAAACACAAUCUCACAUCGCAGGUGAGAUUAAAAUAUCUCAGGGAGAUGAAACAGAAAACGCUCAGGAAAAUCCCACAGAGGCAUCUCAAAGAGUAAAGGCAGAGUCACCUUCUGGAGAGACAAACAAAAUGCCAGUUCCUGCUCUGAGCCUGGAAGCAAACAGACGUGCAGUACGAGAAACAAACAGAGCUAGAAACAGGAGAGGCAAAAACGGCUCUUGGGAGAAAAAAGCUGAUGAAUUUGCUGAAGAUGUGAAUAGCCUAGAACUAAUCGCUCCCAAAUUGAAGUCAGAAACGGAAAAGGAUGAAUCUUCUCUCAAAGAUUCUCUGAGCUCUGGUUGUGUCAAGGGUCACCAAGUCACGAAGGAUCAGAAGGACCCAGCUGGGGCUUCAGUACCUGCUGCAAACGGUAACACUCGUGCUCGUGGCCGUCCAAAGCAGACAAGAAACCAACAGGAAAUACUUACACCAAACCAAACUGAAAUCCCGCAAGAGAAUCCAGCCCCAACAAAUGGAACUGCAUUUAGAAGAGAUAGAGGUAGAAAAGUUACUUUUGACCUCAAAGAGGCCGGUUCCAAAGCGGUUGGAAGGAAAAGGAGUUUAACUGGAGAUGACAAAGGAAUAACUUACAAAGAUGGUCCACGUGAGACUUCAGAAAAUCCAGCUUUACAAGUAAGGAGGAGCAGAAGAAAGCAAGUUGAUUCUGUGCCACAACCACAAACAGCUCCUUCUGCCUUAGUGGAAAACCAAAUAUUAGUUGCAGAUCAUAGUAAAGAUGAGGCUUUUGUAGAGGAGCAAGAUUCAGCUUUGGAAGCUACUCCCUUAUCAGCAGAAGACAAUCCACCGAGACGAGGGAGAAGGCGGGAGGGUGCUGCAGCAUCACAAACAUCUAGAUCUCUGUCUGUCAGAAGAAGACGCGGGUUGCUGGAAGGUGAGGAUCAAAAGAUGGCUGGGAGAGAAGAUCAAACCCCAGCUUCAGGAAAUAAAACUUUGCAGACGAAAGCAAAUGCAUCAGGGAGGGACAAAAGGAAGAAGAUUGAUCUAGCAGCAGAGGCAAAAAGUUCAUCUUCUCUCUGGAGAAAAUGUGACUCCUCAGAAACUGGUAAUAAAGAGGAAAGUGCUAAUGAAGAGCAAAACACGCCUUUGGAAACUGUGUCCUGUGCAAAGGAGAAGCCAUUAGGAAGGGGCAGAAGGAAAGAAACUGCUCUGGCAGCACACACAACUAACUGCCUUUCUCUUAGAGGAAAACGUGGUUUGGCAGCAGAUAGCGGUAGAGAAGAAGCCCCUAAAGAUGAUCAAAAUGUUCCAUUAGAAACUUCUGAUUUGUCUGUAAAAGAAAAUCAGCAGAGAAGAGGUAGAAGGAAAGAAACUGACGUCGUGUUAGAAGCCACAAGUUCUAUUCGGGGAAAACGGGGCUUGUCAAAAGAAAGUAGUGGAAGGAAUAAUAACGGGGAAGCAAAAAAGCUCAUUCUGGAAAAUUCUACUUCCCAAGAAAAAAUGGAUCUUUCAGAAGGGAACUCAAUGCAAACAAUUACUUCACUGGCUCUUGGUUCCACCUCGCUUCAAGGUUUUCCAGAAGGUGGUAAGAACAAAACUCCUGAAGAACAGCAGAGUGAAGUUUUGAAUCUAGCUCCAUCUGCAAAAGAAAAUCCAUCAAGAGUGGGCAGAAAGAAAACAAUUUCUUCUAAAUCUGAAGAAACUGGUUCCACUUCUCUCAUGGAAAAGCCCAAAGACCGAGGUCAAAAGAGGAUACUUAAAGGUGAAGGUACAUCUCUAGAAAGUGAUUCACCCCAGGAAAAAACAAGGCAAUUGAGGAAUAAAAAGAAAAAGGUAGAAUCCUCAUCAGAGGCAGCUACUUCGACUUCUCGCCAUAAAAAUGGUGUCUUCUCAGGAAACAGUGAGGCUUCAGAAACUCAAAACGGGUGUUUGACCUCCACUGGUUCCGAAAAUAAUGAUCAGUUUGGAAAAGGGAAAGAGGUUACCCCUGUGCAACAGGCACCUUCCACCUCUCGCAGAAGAAGAUGUCAGUUGCCAGCAGAUGAUGUAGCAUGCAAAAAACUAAAAUCAGAGAAUGCUGAAAAUAAAUCGCUGCAAAGAGGAAGAAGAAACAGAACUAAAGAACUCUGUGAAGAGGCUGUGAGUGUUGGAGGGACGGACAGGAGGACGAGAUCCACCACGAGAGCAAGUGCAAGAACAAGAAAAUAGUCCUAACAGUCACAGAACCAGUUUUUAAAUCAAUUCAGUAACUUAAAUUGCAGGGUUUUAAAUGUGAAUUGAUUUGCACUCAGAUUUUGUAAAGCAAUCACUGCAAAAUCCAGCAGCAGAUAGCAAUACAUGUUUGCUCAUGUGUUUACAGAUACAGCAUAGAUAUUUGUUUGAAUAGAUUUGUCUAUGUGGGCUCUAAACCACAGGGUGCUUGUCCAAAACAGCAAACAUAAAUCUUUUUGUAACAGUUUUUAUCCCUCUUUCUCUGUUAAUCAGUGCAGCAGUCAGGAAGCCAUAUUGCUUUACUGCCACUUUAAUUGUAAGCUAUUUUCUGCUUAAAUUUUCAUGUGCUUAAGUCUUUUUUUUUUUUUAUUUGCAGUUCUGUAAAUAUUCUUUAAAAACCUAUAGAUGUAUUAGCAGAAAUAUGCUGAGAUUUUGAUAAUUUUAAAAAAAAAAUCAACUUAAGUUUGUUGUACUUAGAAGUGCAGAUUUGUAAGUCAUUAAAAUUGUUAACAGUU